GAUGGAUACUUGCGACUGACUACAUUGACUCUCACCCCACAGUACCCCAAACUACUCUUACAUCAAAGCUAGAGAUAACGAGAAUAGACUUACCGAUGUCUAACCCGGCUCCGGAUCUGUAUUACCCCAACCCACCACGCCCAGGUCGAUCGUCCAUCUCGCUCAGACGUGGGUCUAAUUCGAACGAGAUCUCCCCGCUCCUCAAGCACAACCAUCAUCAUCAUCAGCAUCACCCUCGACGUGGAGAUACGGAGGAAGAGGACGAUUAUGACGAGGAGGAGGAAGAGGAGGAAGAGAUAGAUCAGACGUUCUGGGGAGCUUUCAGGGCGUUAUCGGCGAAUGCGGCUCCGUUGACGAUAGGGUUCUUGUUGGAAGCUUGUUUCCCGCUCGUCUCGACGUUGAUCGCCGGCCGACUGGGACCGAACGAACUGGCCACCGUCGGACAAGGCAUACAGAUCAUGGGAGUUACGACGACUGUCCUCAUCCUCUCCUCUACCGCAGCGCAGACUACGCUCUCAGCCCCGCUCUUUACCCUCAAGCACAAUAACACCACUUCUAAAUCAAAAUCGAAAUCUCCUUCUUCUUCUACCUCACAAUCUCACUCUCAUACUCACUCGGGCAAGAAAGAAAUAGGAAUAAUAGCUCAACGAGGCUUCAUACUCGCACACCUAUGUGUUCUCCCGAUGCUCGUGGUUUGGUGGUUCAUAAGACCUAUCAUGAUCGCGCUCGGACAGCCGGAGAGCUUGGCGGUGGGGUUGCAAGGGUUUUUGAGGUGGAUGAUGUUAUAUGUGCCCGGGUAUGCCCUGAUGGAAACCUCCAAAGCGUUCCUCCAAGCUCAAUCGAUCUUCCACCCUCCGACGUUUAUCGUCGCCGCUAUCCUCCCGCUCCACACAGCUCUGGCUUAUUAUCUCGUCCACCGCACGUCGCUGAGAGAGAAUGGAGUGGCUAUAUCAGUGGCCAUGUCGUAUACCUUGAUUGGGGUGUUGUUAGUAGGCUGGAUAGCGAGGACGGAGGCGAGGGAGUGUUGGGGAGGGUGGAGUAGGAGGUGUUUGGAGGGGUGGAGGGCGUAUUUGGGGAUCCUCGUACCGAGCGCGAUGAUGUUCGGCUCGGAAUGGUGGAGUUUCGAGAUUGUCAGCUUGAUGGCGGGAAGGUUGGGUGAGACGAGCAUCGCGGCCCAGGCCGCCAUCACUUCCAUGGACAUCUUUCUCGCCAUGAUCCCCUACGCGGCCGGUCUCGCUUCCACCGUCCGUCUGGGUCAGCUACUCGGACACAACACCCCCGAGGCGGUGAGAGCUGCCAAGGUGACCGUGAGGGCGGCCUAUGUGUUUGCGAUCCUCGUCACGGCGUUUUUGGCCACUGGUCUGUUGGUCGGCAGGUUCUGGCUCGCGGGGCUAUACGUCAAGGGCGAGGGCAGGAGCGAGGACGAGGUCAGGGGGUUGAUCGCUAGCGUGCUCAUCCCGAUCGCUACAUAUCAAGUUUCCGAUGCCGUCGCCAGCAUCGGCUCGUCCAUCUUGCGAUCGAUAGCACUUCAGAACCUCCAAGCCGCCAUCAUCACGGGCUCUUACUACGUCCUCGGCCUGCCCCUCGGUUACUACCUCGCCUAUCGUCAAAACUGGGGCCUGGUCGGGCUGUGGACAGGGACCUCGGUCGGUCUCUUUUGGGUGGGCGCUUUUGGGGUCAUCUUUUACUGCGUACGUGUGGACUGGACCGAGGAGAUGAGGAGGGCGGUGUGGCGCAGUCGUGGGAGUGGGUUCGCGAUGGUCGAAGAGGACGACGACGAGGAUGACGAAGAGGAAGAUGAAGAGAAUGCGAGCGAGAGGGAUUAUGGGACCAUGCGGAUAUGAAGGGGAUCGUCCGCACAGGGCGUUGUAGUAUAUCGAUCA